CCCAUCCAAAAUCUCCGAUCUUUGCUGCUGCUCAAAGUUUUGAAAUGACAGAGCCAGACCCAGGACCUCAAGUUGAGGCGACUAUUAUGGCAAACGGAUCAGGUCCACUGAAGGAUUCUGGAGCAAAGGUUUCUGUGUCGAAUAGUCAUGGAGAGGAAAAGAAAGACGUCAAAGAGGGGGAGGUUAAGAAAGAAAAUGAUCGUACAGAAGAAAUGAUAAACAGGGAGGGAAAACAAGGCGCAGAAGAAACAAACAAUGGGAAAGAGAAGAAUGAUCUUGAAGAUAUGGACAAACAGGUUGGAAACUUGGAGAGUAACAGGGAGGAGAAAAAAGAUGUGGAAGAAACAAACGACAGGAAAGAAACGAAUGGUGUUGAGACAGAGAACGACAAAGAGGAUGGAAAAUCGGGGAAGAGUGUGGAAGAAACAAAUAAGGGGGAAGAGAAUAAUGACGCAAAAGAAACUGGUAUGGUGGAAGAAGCAAAACAAAAGGGGGAAGAUAAAAGAAAAAUUGAAGAAAUGAAUGGUGGCAAAGAAACAAAGGAAGGGGGAGACAAGAGUGGCAUGAAAGAUGUUAAUGAUGAGAAAGAUAAGAAGAAUGCAGAAGAAAAGGAAGGUGAUGAAAAGAUGAAGGACGUGGAAGAAACUAGAGAUGUGAGAGAAAAAGAGGGGUUGGAAGUAAAGAAGGACGAGGGGAAGAUGGAUAUUGAGGAAACAACUGAAGACAAGGAAGAAGGGAAAAGUGAAAAGGCAACAGUGGAUGUUGAAAUGCAAGAUGCUGGCCAUGUAAAAGAAGAGGAGAAAGUGAGUACAGAGGAAACUGGAGAAGAUGAAGGGGUAAAAUUGGGGGAAAGUGAUGUAAAGGAGAAGGAAGAUGGUGGAAAUACUGAGGUGGGGGAUGACAAUAAAAAGAUAGGAGAGUUAAAAAAGAAAAGGUCUAGAAGUGGGCGUAAAGUUGGUAACAAGGGGGAAGCAAAGGAGAGGAAAGAAGGGGAAAGGACUGGUGAAGAAAAGGAGAAGAAAGGGGGCAUGAAAAAAGCCAAAGAAUUGCUAAGUUCUCCUAUAUCUUCAAUUGAGCGUCCUGUGCGUGAGAGAAAAACUGUGGAGAGAUUGGUAGAAGUCAUUGAGAAAGAGCCAAACAGGGGUGUUGUGAUAGAGAAGGGCCAUGGGACCCCUUUAAAGGAUAUUCCAAAUGUGGCGCACAAAUUAGCUAGAAAGAAGCCAGGUGAUCUUAAAUUGCUUCAUCAGACGCUUUUUGGAAGGAAGGGAAAGGCAGUUGACUUUAAAAAUCAUAUUCUCAGAUUUUCUGGAUUUUCAUGGCAUGAGAGUGAUGAUAAGCAAAGAGCAAAGGUUAAGGAGAGACUAGACAAAUGUGUUAAAGAUGCUCUACUUGAUCUCUGCGAUUUGUUGGAUAUAUCUGUUUCAAAAGCUAAUACUAGAAAGGAGGACAUCAUAGGGAAGCUUGUGGACUUUUUGGCAGCUCCUCAUGCUACAACUGAUGUCUUACUUGCUGAGAAGGAGCAGCCAAGUCCAAAAUCACGGAAGCGUAGGAGAGCAAGUGCAUCAAAAAGCACAGAAGACGUAGUUGUGAAGCGGUCUAGGAAAAAGCGAAUGAAGAGUGAGGGCACACUGAGUUCCAGAGACAAGAGUGCAAUAGAUACUGAAGAUGAGGAUGAACACGAUGAAUAUGAGGAUGAGCACGAGGAAGAGGAUAAUGAAAAUGUUGUUACCAAUGAGGACGAAGAACUUGAGCACUCAGAAAGUGAAAAGGAAAAUGAAUCUGAAGAAGCACAUGAGAAAGAUGGUGAUGAAUCUGAAGAUGAAGAUGAUAAGGAGUCUGGAAAAGACAAAAAAAGUGUGAAAACAACUUCCAAGAAACAAAACUCUUCAAAGAAAGAGAAGGUGAAGACUGAAAGCAGUUCUAAGAAGAUCGCUCCAAUGACAGCCGCAAAGAGCCCUACAAAGACACCAUCCUCUGCACGCUUGAAGUCUGAUGAGAGCAAUGAUUUAGGUGAAAAGGUUUUUGUUAGGAAGAAGAAAAUUGUUGAGCCACCCAAGAAGAGAUCAGCUGCAAAGCAGGAUGUAAAAGAGAAAUCUAAAGGUAAAAGGGGAACUGGAGGCAAGGCUAAAUCAGAAGGGGCUGGACAAUCUAAUCCAAGCAAAGAGGAGCUAAGGAAAACCAUAUGUGAAAUUCUCAAGAAAGUUGACUUCAACACGGCCACUUUCACUGACAUUCUUAAGCAACUCGCUACCUAUUAUAAAGUAGAUCUGACACCGAGGAAACCAGCUAUAAAACUAAUGAUUCAAGAAGAAUUAACCAAGUUAGCUGAUGACGCUGAAGAGGAUGAAGAUGAUAAUGAAGAUGAAGACUCCGAUAAAGAAGAGCUCCCUGUACCCAAAGGCAAGAAGGUCAAGGUGAAAGUUUGAUUAUAGUUUGGGACGGUAUGAAUGUGUAUCAUAACUCUUAAUGUUGACUUUCUAAACUAUACCUUUUGUUAUCGCCUCUCCAUCCUGUCCCCGCUUGUAUAAGUGCUGGUGCUGGUCAUGAAAACACCAUCUCUACAGGCUUAUUUGUGUUUGUAUAAGAUAGAUGUUGUAGGCACCUUUUCAACCUUAAAUUUAUUGACUUAGAUAUGUAUAAUUAGUCUUGUAUGUUUAUAAUAGCUUCUGUAUUGCUUUCGUAAGUAA